AUGGCUAGAGAUAUCCAAAAGGUAGUAAUGGAUGUCGCAUUCUUCGCAGCAUCUCAAGUAGCUCUAUUCUACGCAUUACGAUAUAUAGUCUCAUCCAUCGAUCCUUCCCCAUCCACAACAAAAUCUCGUAAAAAAUCAAAAUCUGUUUUAUCUCAAACAGGUUUAUCUCAAUCUCAAUUGGAUUCCCUAGAUUUGGACGAAUACGAAUCUACCAUAGCUGGUGAAAUCAUUCCACCUUCUUCUAUAGACGUUUCUUUCGAAUCUAUAGGUGGAUUAGAUGAGAUUAUUUCAAGUUUGAGAGAAACUGUUAUUUAUCCAUUAACGUUUCCAGAGUUGUUUGAGAGUAAGAAUAGAUUGUUGAGUGCACCUAAAGGAGUCUUGUUAUAUGGUCAUCCUGGUUGUGGGAAGACAAUGUUGGCGAAAGCUUUAGCGAAGGAAAGUGGAGCUACUUUUAUAAAUCUACCUAUAUCGAGUUUAACGAACAAAUGGUUUGGAGAAUCAAAUAAAUUGGUAGCUGGUUUAUUCUCUUUAGCCAGGAAAGUUCAACCCAGUAUCAUCUUCAUAGACGAGAUCGACUCUUUAUUCCGAGAACGUUCUGCCGGAGAUCACGAAGUCACAGCUAUGAUGAAAGCAGAGUUCAUGACUUUGUGGGAUGGUCUCACCACCGGUGCAGACACUCGUAUUUUAGUCCUAGGAGCCACAAAUAGACCAAAUGACAUCGAUCCUGCUAUUCUGAGAAGAAUGCCAAAACGGUUUCCUAUCAGAUUACCAAAUUUCGACCAGAGAGUAAACAUCCUUACUUUGAUGUUGGCACACACAAAACUUUCAUCAGACUUCUCAAUACAAGCCCUUGCCCGAAGGACCGAUGGUUUAUCAGGAAGUGAUCUGAGAGAGACAUGUAGGAAUGCCGCUAUGGUUCCUGUGAGAGAGGUAAUGAGGGAUAAAGGGAGUAGAGGGAAGGAAGGUUUGCAAGCUGCUCGUGAUGAGGGCUUUCAUCUCCGUCCAUUGACACUGGACGAUUUCACACCCCACGACUCUCAUGCUUAUUCUCACGUUGAACCCAGUCGACGGGGCAACGUACCUGGGUCAUAUGGAGAGUCACUGGAUUGA